AGUGCGGCUGCGUGUUUCUUGAACGAGUCGUUUGGUUGUCUUGACAGUUAACGCGGUGUGUGAUAUAACGUUACUUGAAGCCUGAAAAGCAAAGACCCCUCACCAAGCCCCAACGUUUUAGGAGAAUACCGACGUAUAUCCUACUUCAGCUUUUUUCUGUUUGUUUAAAGGGUCUUUACAUAUGCAAAGGAAGGGGGAGUGUCUGAUAUUUCCCACUUGCAGUGGGUGUUCCAGUAACCUUUUAAACAGAGCUAAACUGGGAGCUUCUAAUUCUUUGUAAAAAAAAAAAAAUGGCAGCUAACAGCUCUGUAGAUAUUUUUACAAAAGUCAUGGAGACUCAACUUCUUAAGACUGCAAAAAUAAUGGAGGAACAGUUGGAUGCAGAGUUGGGGAAACUGGACAAAGUAGAUGAGGAUGAGCUGGAGCGACUUAAAGAAAGAAGACUUGAAGCUCUCAAGAAAGCCCAACAGCAGAAACAGGAAUGGCUAUCUAAAGGACAUGGUGAAUAUCGAGAGAUACCUAGUGAGCGAGAGUUCUUUGAAGAAGUGAGGGAAAGUAAGAAUGUAGUUUGCCAUUUCUACAGAGAUUCUACCUUCAGGUGCAAAGUUUUUGAUAAACAUCUGACUGUGCUGGCCAAGAAGCACAUUGAGACUAAGUUUUUAAAGUUGAAUGUUGAGAAAGCACCUUUCUUGUGUGAGAGACUACGUAUAAAAGUAAUCCCCACUUUGGCACUUGUGAAAGAUGGAAAAACAAAAGAUUAUAUAGUUGGCUUUACAGAUCUAGGAAAUACUGAUGACUUUGCUAUGGAGACAUUAGAGUGGAGACUUGGCUGUGCGGGUAUUAUUAACUACAGCGGAAAUCUAAUGGAGCCACCUUUCCAGAAUCAGAAGAAACAUGGCACAAAUUUCACAAAACUUGAUAAGAAAACAAUACGGGGAAAAGCUUAUGAUUCAGACUCUGAAGACGACGAUUAGCUGGUUGAUUGGCUUGCUGUUGCAAUUUCUUUCUGGAUUUCUAAUCAUUGAGAAUACAUUCAUGCCCUUGUAAUGAAUUCUUUGUAAAUGCUACAAUUAUUGCUUUAUUUUUAUUUUACGGACUACACAGCCACAUAAACUAUUAAUAAAUAUUCUUUGCAAUACUUGUUACCCUCUUCAAAUGAAGAGAAGGCAGUUUUAGGCUUUGAUUCUUUAACAUGAGCACUUCUCUAAAUUCAAGCAAUACAUGCACUUUAGUUUUACUUUAAGUGUAAAGACUUCAAAUGUGUUUUUUUCUUUUUCAAGCUAGGGAUGUCAUAUGGUACAUUUUCACACAUGUAAAAUUUGUGAAUUUGCAGUCUGGUUAAAACGUUUUUGGGGUUUUGUUGUGGUUUUUUUUUUGUUUGUUUUUUUAUAUAUUUGUAAAACUGCUAAAAAAAUAUAUUUGAAGUUGGUUGGAAAAAGUGCAUUACUAAGGAUCUGUAAGUAAAUGAUAAUUUGUACUCAGUGGUUUGAGUCUCCAUUAGCCCCUUUUGCCAGUAAUGUCUAUUUUUAAGAAUUUCUAUGCUAAAGAAUGGGGUGGUAAACCAUGAGGCCUUAUUAGUUCACUGCAACUUUCUUAGCAAUAUCCAUUUUCUUACUUGAGUAUUUUUGUUUUUUCUGUAACUACAAAUAAAGCUUGAAACUUCUUCAACAAAA